UGUCGCCGCCCUUCUGGAUUCCGAAGAAUUUUCAACGCCUCUGGAAAACACGGCGUUGACGUCUUGCUUGCCCGGAGAUCGAAAUCUCCGCUGCAUAAAACCCUAACACCGCCGCUCCCUCCCUCCGCAACCAUCAUGGCAUCCAUCUACAACUGCAAAGAGUGCGAAACAAACCUAAACCUCCACACCAUUCACCUCUACCCUCCCGAUUUCUACUUCGAGGCCGGCAACAAAGGCACCCUCUCAUUCUCCGCCCUCGAUUCCUCCAAAUUCCGCUUCGAAAAGGAGGAUAAGAUCAUCCCCUUCUUCGAGACCAUCAACUACUGGGGGAUCCAGAGGAAGCGGACCAAGAUCAAGUGCGUCAACUGCGGGAAGCUCGUCGGAUAUGUCUACGACGACGGCCCGCCCAUGACUGACAGUCCGGGCCAGUUUCACUUCGGGCCUAGCCAGGUCAUUCCCAGGGCUCCGAGGUAUAGGUUCAAGAACAAGGCUUUGAGAAUCACUUCUGAGACUUGAAACUUUUUCUUGUUUGUGGAGUAUUUUGCAAUUAUUUUGUACAAAUUCUUGUGUUGCAGCUCAACUUUUUCUUUUAUUUAUCUGUAGCUUGUAAAGUGUUUUGUUUUUUCAAAUCAAUUUUUGCCAUCUUUUAGCUGCUUUAUGUAUCAUCCUUAUAAAGAAACCAUAUAUUUGAUUCGUUUAAGGAAUAUUGAGUUCUUAAACAACUUUUUUUUC